UAAAAAUUAUUUUCUUUAGCACCACAACGAAGAAACUUAUCAAUCUUUUCUCCAUGAUAUAAUGAACAGUUGAUGUAACAAUGGUACUAAUAUUAGGACGCAGACUGAACAGAGGGGAUAGCCGGGCCCAGGAGUCCCCAGUAUCCAAGCGUAAAGUUUUUGAAAUGGACCCAAAGUCCUUAUCAGGCCAUGAGUUUUUCGAUUUCUCUUCUGGAUCAUCCCAUGCUGAAAGCAUACUCCAGAUCUUCAAUGAAUUUCGUGACAGCCGCUUGUUUACAGAUGUAAUAAUCUGUGUAGAAGGCAGAGAAUUCCCCUGCCAUCGAGCAGUUCUUUCAGCCUGCAGUAGCUAUUUCAGAGCUAUGUUUUGCAAUGACCAUAGAGAAAGCCGAGAGAUGCUGGUAGAAAUCAAUGGAAUUUUUGCAGAAGCUAUGGAUUGCUUUUUACAGUAUGUGUAUACAGGAAAGGUAAAAAUCACAACAGAUAAUGUGCAAUACCUCUUUGAAACAUCAAGUCUCUUUCAGAUAAGCAUUUUGCGUGAUGCUUGUGCUAAGUUCCUGGAAGAGCAACUGGAUCCUUGCAACUGCCUAGGAAUCCAGCGUUUUGCUGAUACACAUUCUCUGAAAACACUUUUUACAAAAUGUAGGAAUUUUGCACUGCAAAAUUUUGAGGAUGUAUCCCAGCAUGAAGAAUUUCUUGAGCUUGGAAAAGACGAACUGAGUGACUACAUUUGCAGUGAUGAAUUGGUAAUCAGUAAAGAGGAGAUGGUUUUUGAAGCUGUCAUGCGCUGGAUUUACCGUGCUGUUGAUCUUAGACGCUCGGUACUACCGGAACUUCUGACCCACGUGAGACUGCCUUUGUUACACCCUAACUACUUUGUUCAGACGGUGGAAGUAGACCAGCUGAUCCAGAAUUCCCCUGAGUGUUAUCAGCUGCUACAUGAAGCAAGAAGGUAUCAUGUUCUUGGAAAUGAAAUGAUGUCCCCAAGAACUAGGCCACGAAGGUCAACUGGCUAUUCUGAGGUGAUAGUUGUAGUUGGGGGUUGUGAACGAGUUGGGGGCUUUAAUUUGCCUUACACUGAAUGCUAUGACCCUAUGACUGGGGAAUGGAAAUCACUGGCAAAGUUACCAGAAUUUACAAAGUCUGAGUAUGCAGUUUGUGCCUUGAGGAAUGAUAUCCUUGUUUCAGGUGGAAGAAUCAACAGCCGUGAUGUGUGGAUUUAUAAUUCUCAACUAAACAUUUGGAUCAGAGUUGCCUCUCUAAAUAAAGGGCGAUGGCGUCAUAAAAUGGCUGUCCUUCUUGGUAAAGUGUAUGUGGUUGGUGGCUAUGAUGGGCAAAGUCGACUAAGCAGUGUAGAAUGUUAUGACUCAUUUUCCAAUCGAUGGACCGAGGUAGCAUCUCUUAAAGAAGCAGUGAGUUCACCAGCAGUCACCAGCUGUGUAGGCAAACUGUUUGUGAUUGGAGGAGGUCCUGAUGACAACACAUGUUCUGACAAGGUUCAGUCAUAUGAUCCUGAUACUAAUUCUUGGCUUCUCCGUGCAACAAUCCCCAUUGCAAAAAGAUGUAUAACAGCUGUAUCAUUAAACAAUCUCAUCUAUGUUGCUGGCGGGCUCACAAAGGCAAUAUAUUGCUAUGAUCCACUUGAAGACUACUGGAUGCAUGUACAAAAUACAUUCAGCAGACAGGAAAACUGUGGCAUGUCUGUAUGUAAUGGCAAGAUCUUUAUCCUGGGCGGGAGGCGUGAAAACGGAGAAGCCACAGAUACUAUUCUUUGUUACGACCCUGCAACCAGCAUUAUCACAGGAGUUGCGGCCAUGCCCAGGCCAGUCUCAUAUCAUGGCUGUGUGACUAUUCACAGAUACAAUGAAAAGUCCUUCAAACUCUAAAAGAAGAAGAGUUUGUGUAUAGUGGAUAAAUGGCAUAUUCCAAAUAAGAUUUGAAAAAGUCAUGUUAAGAAACGA